AACAAAACUGCCGCAGGACGCUCGCUUGCGAGUCACGUUUCGUAUUUAUCUAAGCGGGCCUGGGAGAUCUGCUUCUGUUACAACGAUGUUGAACGCCCCCAAGUAACUGGGGAACAGCACGAUGCGUUUGGCCCUAUGCGUCUGGAAUAGGACACACAAGCAGGCACUAAUCCUGACGUUGGAAUGAUCAAAUCACGGGUGAUAAGACCGUUUCCACCGGCUCUUCUGUGCAGCCUGACCCAUGAGGUGACAGUGAUGGCUCCAGGGACCAGUUUUCUUUUUCUGGAAGAAAAUAGACUGGACCCGUAUGAUCCGAUGUGAUGUCUGUAACGGUGCCAGAAAGAAAAAUGAGCAGAGACCUUAGCCAUCCUUACAGUGUAGAAGCUUGGAGGUUUCUCCUGUAACUCUUGGAUGAUUUUGACUGUCACAGCGAUAGGCUUAUUUUAACAAUCAGGAUUCUUCUGGAGAAUACUCCUCAUCCCAAGAAACAAGGAGUUUUCACCAGGACUGUGCAGGGGCAAGAUCCCCGCAGAAUCCUCUGUGGAAAAUUUAUCCUGGCUUUGCUGUGGACAUCACCAUGCCUUUGAUGCCUUGCUUAAAAAAAAAGAAAUCACCUGUGCCUUUAGGCAGGAGCGUCUUUCAAAAACACAACCCACCCGUCCAGCAGAACUACCAGGCGUUGCUAGAGACGUGCUUGAAGAAUAAGUACCUGUUCACAGAUGAGAAUUUCCCUGCUCACAUCAGCUCUAUUGGAACGGGGGCACUACUAAAGAAACUCCCCCCGAAGCUACAGUGGAAGAGGCCACAUGAUUUACACAGCGCUCCAGUAUUUUAUGCUGCAAACAGAAAGCAACUUGAUCUCUGCCAAGGAUUAGUGGAGAACUGCUGGUUCCUCGCUGCAUUGGAAGCGCUGACGUUCCACCAGGACAUCUUGGCUGCAGUUGUGCCACAAAACCAGAGCUUUGACAGGAAAUACGCUGGCAUUUUCCACUUCCGGUUCUGGCACUUUGGUGAAUGGGUUGAUGUGGUGGUUGAUGAUCGCCUGCCGGUGAAUGAAGCAGGGGAGCUGGUCUUUGUUUCCUCAGUUUAUAAGAAUGUGUUCUGGGGAGCCCUUUUGGAGAAGGCAUAUGCCAAACUCUACGGCUCCUAUGAGGAUCUGCAGAUUGGGCAAGUUUCAGAAGCCUUGGUGGAUUUCACAGGUGGUGUUAAUAUAACGAUCAAGCUGGCAGCAGCUCCUCCUGAUCUAUGGGAUAUCAUGACAAGAGCAACCUACAGCAGAUCUCUCAUGGGCUGUCAUACACAUUUAGGGACAACAAAGGUCCUGAGGAAUGGGCUUGUUGCUGGCCAUGCCUACACAGUGACUGGUAUUAGAAAGGUGACCUGUCGCUAUGGACCAGAAAACUUAGUGAGACUGAGAAAUCCGUGGGGAAAAAUUGAAUGGAAAGGAGACUGGAGUGACAGCUCUUAUAAGUGGGAAUUGCUGAGCCCAAAGGAGAAGAUCUUGCUGAGGAAAAAGAAGGAGGAUGGAGAAUUCUGGAUGUCUCUGCAAGAUUUUAAGAUUCAUUUUGUAGAUCUGAUGAUCUGUAAAUUAACUCCGGACUUGGUGAGCCAGGAAGAUGGGAAGAAGUGGAUGUACUCACUGAAGAGUGGGAGAUGGGUUAAAGGAAGCACAGCAGGAGGGAGCUGGGGGUUCCGCACAGACACAUCUUGGAUGAACCCUCAGUACUGGCUCGAAGUUUUGCCAGCAGAAGACAGUAAAAAAAGCCUGGGUUCCUGCAAUGUGCUUGUAUCCCUGAUCCAGAAACACAGCAGCAAACACCGAAACCGAGCUCAUCACCUUUUCAUUGGCUUUUCCCUCUACAAGAUGGGCCUACAGUACCAAGAAAGCAACAAAAAGCUGCCCCCAGCGUUUUUCACUAGGCACCAGCCUGUGAACAAACACCAGGUCUUUGUGGACGAGCGGGAAGUGACUCAGGACUUCCACCUGGAGCCUGGUGUCUAUGUGAUUGUCCCAUCCACCCUGGAGCCCCAUCAGGAGUCUGAAUUCAUCCUACGGGUCUUCUCCCGGAAGCAUGUUCUUCGGGAGAUGGGAGGGAGCCCCAGUUUCACCCUCUCCAAGGAAAUUGUUGAUAGGUAUGAAGGCAAAAUUUGGGAAGACUUCUUCACAAAGCACUUUGAACAGAAUCCUGAAAUAAAUGCUGUUCAGCUCCAGAGGAUCCUGAAUAAUAUAUCUUGGAGAAAUUUCCAGAGCUUUCGCCUGAGGUUCAGUCUAGAUGCCUGCCAGGGUAUCUUGGCACUCCUGGAUCUGAAUGCCUCUGGCACGCUGAGUAUUCAGGAGUUCAGAGUCCUGUGGAAGAGGCUACUUUUCUACUUGGAAGUCUUCCAGAAAAGAGACGCUAACAGAUCUGGAAGGCUUGACUUGGUGGAACUGCGUGCAGCUGUACAGGAGACAGGCAUCUCACUCAGCAAUGAAGUCUGUAACCUGAUGGCAAUCAGAUACGGCAACCCUGACUUGCAGAUCAGCUUUGAAAGCUUUGUCUGUUUCAUGCUUCGAGUGGAGAUCAUGGGAGAGGCCUUUCGCAAUUUAACGCAAGAUGGCAAAGGGAUAUACCUCCGGGAAUCUGAGUGGAUGAUGAUGACCCUGUACUCCUGAAGCAAUGCUGUAGAGGAGAGGACGAUCAGACCUGCACCAGAAUAAGGAAGGCUGUGUCACAUCAACUUUUUAUGUGUAUCGGACUUCCUGGGCUCAGCCCUGCAAUCCUUCCUCAUAUGAAAGUCGUACCUGAAGCAGAGUUGACCUAAUGACCAUGGACUCGGUGAAAUGAAGUUUUGUUAAUCGUGUAUUUAUUUUUUUUAAGUGUUAUUUCAUGUUAGACAUCCCUUCUGAGAACAGACUGCUGGCUGCCUACUACUAUGGGUGCACAGUAGCACACCAUGGAGUGUGGCAGCUGAGUCAUUAGGAUCACCACUUAAUGCUCAUACUACAUCAUUAUUCUCAUAGUAUGGUGUACGUUGUGGUAGCGUCCAGAGGCUGUACUUGAUGAUGGCGCCUUACUGUGUUAAACAUCUCUUGAGCUUGGGGAGAGAAACAGUCCCUGCCCUAAGUGGCUUAUCUAAAGGAGCAAAUCCCAGUUCUGCAGCUGCUAGGCCCAUGAUAUUGGCCAAGGGUCUGUGCCCUUGUGGGGAAGAAAGGGUAGAGACUAUCUGAAUAAAUAGUGGAAACUGGGUGCGUAAUUAUGGACAGUGUUAAAGAACGUUAGAAGUGGGACUACUUGCAUGAAACACCUUGUUAGAGAGUUGCUUGGUAUAUCUACCUGUAGGACCUUUUUUCACUUUCUUACCAUUUAGCUAUUUGGGCUGGAAAUUUCCACGCUAAAUGCCUGCUGCAGAUUGCGAUUUUGACUUUUCCGGGUUCCUGUGAGCAGGACGCUUGUCUCUUAUCCAGUGCAUGGUCUAGUCGACACUGAAUGAAACAGGGCUCCUGUGAGACCAAUCAUGUAACAAAGGACCAUACCCUAACACUUCUGUAGGAAGGAAUUAAUAUUAAGUUUGCAUAGGCAGCCUUCCCUGUGGCUUUUUAAAAAAAAUUUUAGUGUUUAGUCUCAUAAAUGUCCUUUUGGGGUGUGUGUGAGGACUGAGGAGGAAGAGUGUGGAUUAUAGGUAAACACCAGUAAAAGCCUGAGUUCAGAUAUGGGCUCUCCACUGCAUUGAAGUUUGUACAACAAUAGGAGCAUAUUUGGAGAGAGAGCCCAUCCUCGUAUAAUCAUUCCCAGUCAUUUAAACAAUUAAAAUGACAGUCUGCUCUUUAUUCCCUAGCACAGUCUGUUUCUAAACAGCAUUAUGUUCAUACUGGUUUUAUGAGAAGUGCUUUUGUUAGAACCAGAUAGAUAUGUUUGUACUUGUUCUGAUUAUAGCAGAUGAUAUGUCUAUCAUGAGUGGCCUGCUGCGGUGUCACUGGGGCCACAGGGCUCAGGUCUGUGAGGCAGGGCAGGUUAGGGGCAGCAGGGACUGCCAGGGGCCUUGAGUACAGAUACUGCAGCACGGCUGUCUUGCAAAGCUCCUAAGGAGGCUCUGUUAGCAAUUCCUGUCAUAAAGCACGUGCCCUCUCCCAACUGUCAUGCCUCCGCUUCCGUUUGUGACUUGCAGCUGAACGUGAUGGUGCAAACUAAAUUAGCCUGAUUUAAUUUGCACUCAGUUCAGCGGGGGAUGUUACAAACCUUGGUUUACUGUGUGCAAGAACCACACUGGAAGAACUGAAAGGGCUGUUAAAGGGGAGCACAGGUCUUGCUCUUUCAGUGCACUCUGAGCAGAUGGUCCCUGGCAUCUACAUGUAUUGCCCUGGGUGGCUGAGGUGUCUGUGUAGUUGUAGAGAGUUCCCAGCUGGGCUGGGCAUGAUGGGAUGGACAAACUGUCAUUCCCACCAGGGUUGGUUACACAGUUUGUGUCAUCAGGUGAGCAAGAAUUAUUGAAGGCUGACAGUAUGCUGGACUGCUGGAUGCUGGUCAUAAUUUAAAUAGCCUCUGCCAUAGGCUGUAUGGGAAAUCAUGGUGCAGGACACCCAUUUUCAAAUGGCAGUUCAUUUUAAUGUUGUACAUAUUUUUUUAUAUCAGAUUUUGUACUUAUUUACUUCAUACCUAUUUAAUGCAGAGUAAUGUAAUUGCGAGGAGAUUAUUUUGCUAUUGAUUAUUCGAUUCAGGAAAGGAACAGAAUUCAUCUAUGUCAUGAAUCACUAAACAUGUGUAGCAGUAAACUUUAUUGAGCCAUGUGACUUGCUGUUACAGAAUUGUAAAGAAUGCUUUACUGGAAUGAUUAUACCAACCCAUGUACAAUUCAAGCUGAAUUAGCUGGUUCACAAUAAAAUGUUUUGGCAAGGGCCCCUACUCGGACACUGUAAUGCUUUUAUAUUGCUAACAGAGUAACAUUUUCUGGGCAAUUCUAAAGAUAUAUUACGCCUCAUUUACAAUAUGCAUUGUAGAAAAAUGAUCUAAAAGACUGCCAAAAGAUGCAUUCAUAUGUAACCACAGCAGUUAUAGAGAUGCUGAGCUUUGCAGCGGGUGCUAUUGCUCUAGCAGAAAUCAAAGAGAAGCGAGGCUAUGGCUUAGGCUUAGAACUGCUAAUAAAGGCCCUUUCAGGAAAAGACUGGUGCGAAUAACAUGAAUAGCAAAUAAUGGCUGGAAUGCAUAAGACCGGCUGGAUGAUCGGAUAUUCUCGAAGAGUAAGACUGAGCUGAAAUUGAAAGGGACUAAUUGACCCUUUGCAAACAUAAUGUGCAUCUUGUGGUAGCGAGCUCUAGCUACAUAUCCUGUGUGAAUUUGAGGUCCCUUGGAGGUGCCUGGUGCACGCAUACAGGGUAGAGUAGCCCGUCAGCCUCACCACAGAUAUUUUGCCUGGUGCAGUACUUCUGUCCGGACUGGAACAGGCUAGGCUCUACUCUCAAGCCUAACCGUAUUCAAAAAGGGGCUAACACUUAGAUGAAUGACUCGUGUCUGGGGCUGUCACAUGAAACAUGUUUCUCCCACAGCUCUUCACUGAUACCUAGACAGCUGGCUUCAGGCAAAAGGGGAAGAGUUGUCCUCUGGGGACAAAUUACCCCAUGGCAAGUUACAGCAAGAUGACUGGGUUCCUACCCUAGGACAGCUAGCAUCAACGACCCUUGAAGAGAGACCGGUUCAGGUUUGACGUCCCUCUAUUUCUGUCUCUGGGCAAUCAGCUACGAUUUGAAGCUCUAAGCAGCAUUCACACGCUGCACUGUGGCUUUCCAUCUGAGGUCUCAUCUCUCAUUUUCACCAUUUUUACAGUGGGGCUAAUAAUGCUUCCGCUUUACUUAGGUGAAGCGUUUAGAUGCAUGUUAAGAUCCUUUACUGGGAGGUAUGGUAUUCAUCCAAGUAACUACCACACAAGCGACCAUCAUAGCUGGCCAAGCUGUGCCAACAGCCUGACUAUAUCAUGAGAUGCUCUGGGUAGAACAAAUAACUUUUUUUCUGGCUUUGAUUACUGAGCAGUAGUUUUAAUCCUAACCCACAAAAGGAAUCACUAAAUAGCAAGCUGCUAUUGCAGUCAAGCCACGUGAGUGAGGAGUUUGAGGCUCUUUGGAGGAAAAACCUGUUUCCUAGGGGGAGGCAGCUCUUGGCCCCUGAGCAGAGCAGGUGCAAGGUCUUUCAGCAGCACGCUGCUUUGUAAAGGCCACUGAGGUGAAUGAAGAGGUAAAGUGGGAACACGGACUCAAACCCACUUCCAAAUCCAAGUGUUCACCAGUUCCCGCUCACCACCCUCUGCUCUCCUGCUUCUCUGUCAUACGACAGGAUUCAAAUGAUGGUAUUUCAAAAAUUGUAAGUGUUGGAUCCUUUUUAUUUCCUCCAUAGGCUGUGGGCUUUUCAGCCCAAAGAAGGAGGGGCUAGGAGACUCUUCUCCAGGCAUUGGUUCCUGUGAACUCUCCCUGAGUGCAAUCCCACGCUCCUUUGUGGAAGAGAGGUGACAGGCAGGAAUUUCCCACAGGUGUGACAUUCACAUCCAGACUCAGAAGAGUUAAGGAAAAAAAUCCCCUCUGUUAUUCUGUACUUUGCCACAGCGCUGAGGGGAUGGAGACCACAUCCCCACAGUGCUGGCUGCUGUGCGACCUGGAGAGCCAUCUACUUAGAAAAGCAGGAAGAAGUACUUUUGCACUGUUCAAAGAGCAUGAUUUGUCUCUGCGAUUCGCCUGGGAUUCUGCAGUCAAGGCCUGGUUUGAACCUCAGUCUCCUAAAGCCCAGCCCAUAAGCAGUGCUUCUUUCACACUGGCAUACAGUAACACAAGUUAUGGUCCUAUCCUAAGGCAUGUGGGUUGGCAAGGAGCAGUGACCACUGGGGAGUUUUCCUGUACCUCAUUGUGUGUGUGUGUGUGUACGCACCCCACCUAACACACGCACCCCAUGCCUCCUUCUUCAGAAACUGUUGAAAUAUUGCGCUACAAAAGGAGGGGAAAAAGAAGACUUUUCUCCUCUCCCUGCUCCGUGAGCAGCUCCUCACAAAAUUAAAUGUUAACAAUUGCCUUCGCCUUUCCUUCCUGCUGUUUCUUACACUGGAUUAGACCUGAAAAGCAGUAUCACCAAGCUUGAAGUUCAAUUUAUCAGUGCGGUCAGGACUGAUUUGUUACACUACCUGUUCUGGGGAAAUGAAUGUCUCCAUUGCUCUCCCCUCCAAUCCAAGCAGAUCUUUGUUUUGCUCAGAUCAUCUAUGCAGUGUCAGAAGCAGGCGUUCCACAGGUAAAGGACAAAACCCUACAAAAUCCUGACUAAAAUCCAGUCUGGCAGUGCCAGAGAUUGAUGCCACUUGCAAAGCACCCACUUGGCAUUACGGUGACUGCAGAUACCAGGGAGAAACAAUGUUCCUUUGUUGGGUUUCUGUCCUACUUUUUCGUUGAAUAAGUAGUGAAAAGUGUCAUUAAAAAAAAGACUGUUGGGUGAAUUACAGUUCCUCUUUAUCAUUAACAACAUUACAGCUGGACAGUCAGCUGGGUCCUUGGAGCCCAAAUUCAUAGUAAGAGUCAGGUUGAAAAUAAAGUUUUUUGUACACAUUUUCAACUGAUCUGUGAGACAGUUGAACUGUCUCUGACUUUGUUGCUGCUGUUGAGGGGAAGAAGUUUUUUCUAGGAAAUUGUGCAGCUGUCAUCAAACACAAGGACUCUGCAUUAAGAAAGCAUGCAGUUAAAAAUUGAUUUUUUUUUAGUGAAACUCAUUGUAAUGGAAAAUGUACAGCUAACCAUAUAUGAAUAUGGGAUUUACAUUCUCAUAU